AUGCUUCGCGAGCUGGCUGACCUGCCGCUUUCCAAACUUGGACAGGAGUCUCAACUUGAUAUGCAGACCUGCCGAACCGCAAGUGCUCUUGCCAAUGUCCAUCCCCGCAGUGAGUUGGGAAAGUCGGCAGAGAAGGCUUAUGCAGCUUUCCUGGGGUUCUACAACUCAAAUCUCAAGAAGCUCCACAUGUCGAAAACAGACCUGGUCGAGACGGGUGCACGGUUCAGCGGCCUCAUUGGGCUAGAGGAGGUGCCGAAGAUCCGAAAGAAAACGUUGCACUUCUCCAGGCAGCCGUGA